CCUAACCUUGAGUCUUACAGAAUAGCUGUUAGAAGAGGCAGCUGUGAUCUCUCCACCCACUCUUUUCAGUCUUUGCUCUUGUAUUUUUUUCAGUGUCUUUUCAUCCCCUGUCCUCUCCACAUGCCUGCAGUGCUGUAUCGUCAUACAUGGCACUGAGAGCUUGUGCAGCUCAGAUGGGAGGUGCAUCUGCUGGGUGCUGCAUGAACGCGCGUGGCCGUGCACAGAGGUGGGUAGUGCCAAGCAAGGGAUGCUGAACGGGGGCCGUGAGGGCCUGUUCGAGCAGGGCAGGCGCUUCCAGCAGGAGGGUGACUCCAGGGCGGCUCUGCAGUGCUUCCUUAGCUGCCUACUGGGGCUGACCCAUGUGCAGAGCUUUCACUCGCUGCCAAACUGCCUGCAUCAGAUUGCUGAGCUCUUCAUCGAUGAGAAGAAUUAUGAGAAAGCACUGCAGUUCAUUCAGGCAGAGAAGAUGUUCUAUGAGGUGGCAUUGAUCGAACUCACGGCUCUACAGAGAAGCACAGGCACUCAGGAGGAAAGUACACUGGGUUCUCCAGGAUGGUUCUCCCAAGAGGAGUUAUCAGCACAGGCCUCGCAGGCCCAGGAUCUUGAAAGGCUGGCCCAGCUUUGCAUCAUGAGUAAAAGACCCCAUCUUGCUUUAGAGUACAGCGGCAAGGCCACAAAAAUACACCAACGAGCAUUUGGUAAUGAUCACCCCAUUACAGCCAGGAGCCUGGAGCUACUGGGCACUGUCUAUGCUGAGAUUGGCAAGACUGAAUACACAGACUCAUUGGGUCAGUACAUGUCAGCUAUGUCAAAAUCAUCCUCAGCCUUUGAGUCAUACAACAGUACACUCAAUGGUUUCACCCUCAGUGAUAAAGACUCUGAGCACUUGCACAGAAAAUACCCACAUCUUCCAUCAGACACUUCAAAACCAAAGGUCGUCGACAGUAAGAUCCCCACCUCCAUCCUAAAGAGGACCAACAAACCAUUCUUAAGUCAGAGACGGAAAACAGAGAGGCGCGUUCGUUUCAGUGAGCCAGAGAUUACUGUUCAUGACAUUCCGUACUAUGACUCUUUGGGAGGAUAUGACUCGUCUCAGAGCCGACCUCAUCUGGCCCUGCUUACAUGUCUGUUCCUGCUGCUUUCAGCAUUGGGUUUAGCUCUGUACUGCACACACCGCCGUCGGCCCCAUCGAGCCUGUGAGGAACUACAGGCAGCACUCGCUGUCUAUCUGCUGAGGUUCAAACAAAUCCUGUGGGGCUGCUGGAUCUGGCUGACCAUGCAGUGAUUAGAUCAGACUACCAGUGGCAUCACUGUUCUCUAGCCAUGCUCCCAUGAAUACAGAAAGCCAAGCGAUGGCACAGCAUAGACUACAAAACUGAGACUCAUGGUUUCAUGGAAGAACUUUGGAAUAAUGAGCACUUAAAGUAAGACCCUUUAUUUGAUGGUCCCCACUGAAACUGAAAAUGCCUUCAAAAUCCACUUAUGAAAAACAUGUAGAGAUUUGCACGCCAUCCACAGAUGGCAUUCUUAUGCCCUUUAUGAUUCAAUGCCAUAUUCUUAUUUAAACUGUAAGGCAGAUACAUUUCCAAUUUAUAUAUAUGCCCUUGUAGCACUUGUUUUUAAUAAUAUCUGUUACCACCUAUUCAAAGACUGCUCAUAGGAACAUUCAAACAAAAUCUUACUGUAUUAAAGCUAGAUUUAGUAGGAAGUUUUUGAUCAUUUUUUAAAUUAAUAUACUGAGUAUGAUGAAUGUCCCACAUAAUUACACAGAUGCACUUUUGCAGCUAUGCUUCUCCAUAAAUCACACACAUCUCACCAAAUAUUUUUUGUAUUUACUGCAGCUGUCUAUAUAGAAUGCAAAACUCUAUUAUUUAUUUCACCAUUAAUCCGACAUACUUUGAAUAGUUACACUUGUAAAUAGAAAAUAUUGAUAGGUAGUUCAUAGUGUAUUUGAAUGUACAUAGAAUCACUCAAUACUCAAUAUGACUCAGUUUCAAAUGAUCAGACUUUGGCGUAAUGUUAAGCACAAAUGUUUACUAAAAAAGGGAAACAAACUGUUUCACAGUGUAGCCAGCCAUAUUUUCUGCCAAGUCAGAUUUACUUCAUUACUCAAAGGGCAUGGAAAUUUUUAUUUUACAAAAAUCCAGAGUAGUUUUUAAUUAUUUCUAUGUUUCUCUUUUGAGUUUAUUUGUGAAAGAACCAGCUGGUGUGUGUGUCUGUCUGUGUGUGUGUGUGUGUGUGUGUGUGUGUGUGUGUGUGUGUGUGUGUGUGUGUGUGUGUGUGUGUGUGUGUGUGUGUGUGUGUGUGUGUGUGUG